AUGGUGUUUUGUGUCGGCAGCUCGCCAGCAUCAGGGACAGAUCUCCAGUUUUUAGGCACUCGUGAGUGGCUCCCAUGUGUUGAUGCUCCUGAUCAGCUUGCACUUUGGCGUCUGCACAUCACUUGUGACAGCUGGCUUACUGCAGUGGCCAGUGGAGACCUGGUGGGCUUCGAUAGUCUUCCUGAGAAGCGUUUGAGAACAUGGAAUUAUCAACAGCUCAUCCCUACAGCAGCGUGCAGCAUCGGCUUCGCUAUCGGGCAGUUUUCAACAUAUACUCUUCCAGAUAUGGCCGAGGUGACCAACUUUGCUCCUGUUGGACUGUUGUCUCUGCUGAAGCACACUGUCGCGCCAUUGGAUAAAAUAUUGGAAUACUUCGAAGAACUACUCUCUUGCCGAUUCCCCUAUCCUACCUACAAGCAAGUAUUCGUAGAUAUGAUCCCUGAUGAUGUGACGUCUUACAGUAGCAUGACUCUUUUUUCGAUAAGUACUCUCCAUCACAAGAAGAUCAUCGAUGUAGUACAGGAAUGCAGGCAAACUCUUGCUUUGGGUGUCUCGCAACAAUUUAUCACCUCCCUCUACAUCGAAAAGAUCUUUGGUACAAGUGAAUAUCUGUUUCAUGUAAAGAAACUUUUGAAUGCCGUAUGCGAUUAUGAAUCCCAGUGGGGGAAGAUCGUUCUUCGACCUUCAAGUGAAGGAUCCCCUCGCCUGAAUUUGCAUUGUGAGCCUCGAUGCGAGCACACUUGUUCUCCUCUCUAUGUAGAAAAUCAAACUAAGAAAGGCCAUUUGGCUAUGCGGAUGCUUAGCAAGAGAUUAGGACACGAACCUUAUUUUCAGGUGUUGCAUAAAAUCCUUUCUGUUGGACAACAAAUGGCCGAGCGACGUGAUAGACCAGCUACUUGGACCCAUCUUGUAAUUUCCACUGAGACUUUCUUCAGAACGGUGACAAACGUUACUGGACAAGAAAUCCCUACUUUUAUGGAACAAUGGAUUUAUAAUGGAGGACAUGCCUCUUUUCGUGUGCAAUAUGUCUUCAACCGUAAACGUAAUAUGAUUGAGCUAGAAGUGAAGCAAAAAGUUGAACCUGGAAAUGGUCGAUUGAGAUACGUCGGUCCGUUGACGGUUUUGGUGCAAGAACUGGAUGGUUCGUUUUCACAUACUGUCCAAAUUGACGGCGAUAUUUCACGAGCUGAUCUUCAGUGCCAUUCUAAAGGUCGUCGGCAGAAAAAGAAACGUGUGCCGUUGUACUCCGGAGACGACGUGGAGGUGGAUUUGAGCAACAUGGAUCCGGAUUCUCCCGUUUUGUGGAUAAGGUCGGUUUCAACUAGCAAUCUUACCUUUCGUGUUGCUCACGUAUUGAGUUCAAGGCUCGACCCUGAGCUUCAUCUCAUCCGUAAUCUUAUGAUCAACCAACCGGACUACCAGUGGGAGUAUAUGCUGCGAUACGAACGCGAUGUGCUUGCUCAACUUCAGGGUUGCCUAAUGUCAUCUACGGAGGCUUCAGCAUCAAGCCGAGAAGAAGAUGCGGUAACAGAGCAGCCAGCGAUGUUCGCGCCAUCCGAUUUGGAAGAACGACUGCGGGGAAGUCUUCAUAUGUCAGAAGACCCUCAACAGGUUAUGCUAGCAGAUGAAAGAGUUCUACUUCCUGAUCCGAGGAUCCUGGACGAUCUUGAGGUUCAUGCUAAGGAAGUCUCCGCUAAUUUAGAUAGCAUGCUACGUGAUCUCAGGGGUUCACUUCAUGGAAUGGGCGACUUGACGUUAGAGUCAUUGCAGUGUUACAACGCUGCGAUAGGAAAUGCAUGUGAAAUCGCUGACGUGAACGUCAAAUCAACAUACGCUAUGCUAGCCAAAGUCGAAGAGGUGAAUCACGCGAUGCAAAAAAUGUCGACGUUAUCAAAACAAAUCAAAGAGAUGAGAAGACUCGUGGAGAUGUUUGAGACGUUGUUUCAAGGAUCGCUGAAGUGA